UCGAAACACGGGUAAUGGUCGAUUUUGAUGAGGAAUAGAAGUGAUAUUCGAACACGAAGGGAGGUGGUUCAAAUCUCCCUUCACGCCAAGCUCGUCGUGCCAAAGACAAGUACAGUACGCCACGUGUUGAAGAUGAACAAAGUAAGCGAGGACGAAAAAGCGUAUCCAUCACCUAGCAACAACGCCUAUACCUCGACACUGUUUAUUUGGAAGACCCGCUGUGUUCAGUAUAAUAGCAAAAGCUGAUGAACACAGUAGCAGCGCACUCUGGACACAUCGAUUCUUUAAUCCUUUUUUCAUUUAACCCCAAACCCCAACGUGUUUUCGUGCAUUAAAAAUGGAACAGAACAUCCGAACCAAGGCAAUCUGGAUGCAUCCGGGAUCGGCAGAAAUUGCUUGCGUCGUUGGUAACGUUGCCGUUGCCAUAGCAACCGGGAGCCAUAUUUUGUUCGUGAACCUGAAAACUGCGGCCAAGUCCUACUAUCUAGCCGACAGUGUACAAGCCGGAAAUGGAGUGGCCUGUCUCGCCGGUCACAAGCUGUUUCCCAUACUUGCCUUUGCGGAGCGAUGCUCCAAUCCACGCAUUUUGCUCAUCAGUUAUCCUGGCAACACGGUGCUGUCCGUACUGGAAGGAGACCAAACGGAAUGUGCCUAUGCGGCGCUGUGCUUCUCCGAGAGUGAACUGCUAGUCGCCUUAACCGGUGUGCCGGACUACUCGCUGGAAGUUUACGCCUGGCGAAGCAAGGAACUCCUAUGCAAAAAGCCAUCCUCCAUUAUCUGUGACUUUCAGCGGUUGAUUUGCAGCCCUUCAGCGGUGUUUGCCGUAUGUCAGUAUGCGCCACGAAAAUCGGAGCUGAAGCUUUGGGAAGUGCAUGGCAACAUUCGAAUCAGUCGUCUGAUAGAACGCACCGUUUGCUUGGACCUGGAAAAGCAUGAGCUACCGCUGUGUGUGACGUUUCUUAUCGACGGUAAUCUGGCGGUAGUCACCCAACGGGCGAAAGUGUUCACUAUAGCUGCUUCUACGGGACAGAUCAAUCAAACCAUCAGCAGUCCCGAUGGUUUGGUAGACGAACGGGACUAUGUUCCCUUCAUCUUCUACUGCAAGGGUGGGCUGUUUGUGAGCGCACCGGAUGGGCAGGUUAACUUCUACAAGAAGCAAAAAGGUACCUGGAACCAGCUGUGGUCCACACAGUCUGAUGCGUCGUACAGUCAGCUGCUUCACUAUUCCACCUCGGAAGGUCUUUUGGGCAUAACUACGGAAGGAUUUAUUAUGCGCACCGUGAUGGAUGCGGACGUGCGAAAUGUAGAAUUCCACGUGGUGAAAGAUUUAGACGUGGGCUAUACAUAUUCUUGCACCUACAGUAUCAACAGCACACCAAAAACCGUUGGCAUUAAGCUGGAUGUUGGAGCGGUGAAGUUGCUGAACUUUGAGUCGGGUGCUGUAAGCGAUUCGCUAAACGUAGGACCUCUAACAUGCAUUGCUAACCACCCGGAAAAGCCUCUCCUUGUGGUGGGUUCUGACACAGGAGUUCUUCAGCUAAUCUUGAUCGAUGAGCAACAGGUGAAGCUAGUGAGACGUUUACAUCUCUCCCGACACUCGAUUGUGGCGGUUGUGUUUGCCAUCGCAGAUGACCGUUACUUUGCGACACUGGAUGCGAAAGGUCAAGUGGCCAUAUUGGAAAUUGCGGAAAAUAUGGAAUUGAAUGUCCGACAAGUGUUUGGCGAGAUAAACCGGGCAAAGGAUUGGUUCUUGUGGUGUAGUAGCGAGGAAGUUUUAAUUGUACAAUCGGUGAAGGAGUUAACAGAUGCAGUUAGCUUCCGUUCAGUUGAGUUUAUUGUGAAGCAACACCACGCUGAAGAUAUCAGCAAAACUCAACUAACGCUUCCUCACGACUACUGUCAAAUCGUGCCAAAGCGUACCGAAACCAGAUUGGAACUCUAUGCCCAUCAAGUAAGGACCAAUGUAAUUGAUUUGCUGGAAGUUUCCCGAACAGAAGCAAAGCUCGAUGUGGUGCUGCUCAAAACGAUCAGGACGCCUCUAUCGGUGGCCCAUCUUGAGAUGGCGGUAGACGAGCGUUUUCUGUACGUAUGGGCGAUGGAUGGCAAAACGGUUUUGUAUGAGUGUGCUGCAGAUAAGCUGAUCUGCACACUAAGCUUCGACAGUCGCUUCAACGGAGGUAUCAAACAGAUAUCCUUGGAGAGAAGUACUGAGUUUCUAUCCAUUUUAUGUCACAAUGGAAUGUUGACCGUGUUGAAGUUACUACAGCCAAUCGCCCAAAGUCUCGAGGCCUCCGUCACUCCUGCCAAGUCAUUUGUUUGCCACCAGCCACCAGUCGAUGAUGCGGAGGAUACUACACGCGUCCUCGAAGAACUUCAAGCUGAUGAAGAACUUCCCUGGAUAGAGAGGAAAGAGAUCGAGCGACGGAAAGAAAAGGGGAAAAUUUACGAACCAGAACACGCAGCCAUAUUUGCCGAGUUUGCCGAAAUUAAACAACAACUCAAAGCGCUUCUUAACCACAAUGAGAAAGCACCGCCGGAGGAACAGUUUCCCUUGCAGGUGUUCAAUCUGAAUGCGGAAGCAACGGAAAAACUUACACAGGAGGCGAAUCGUACCAAAGAAGAGGAAAAGAAGCGUUUAAAACAAUUUAUAGAAUCGCAGAGAGAUAUCAACGAACGGCUGGUGGAAAACUGUUGGGCACUAAUGAGUAGAAAGCCUUGGAAGAUAAGAUCAAUGUUUAAGCGAGCAUUCGUCGAAAACUAUGCCAUGUUGCCAGCCAACCCGUACAGGCAACAUUUGGAGAAGGUGCGGGUGUAUCGCGAGACGGAACUGAACGCCAGUCACGAUGCGCUGAUGCCGUGGAAACCGACACCAACAUAUCAGCUGGAAUCAAUCCUGAACCGUGAUCCCGACUAUGGAAACAUUCUGGACAAUCUGGCACGUGCUUCUUUGAAGAAAUCGUACGCCCUGUCCGGAACGACUACUCAUCAGUUCUUCGAGCCCUAUUCGCUCCGGUACGAUCAGCUCGAGGUGGUGACAUUUGAACAGCUGUACUUUGAGCUUAUCUGCGGUGAUGUAGAGAUUGAAAAGUUGCGAACGCUGUUUAAUGAAAAGUUUGAGCAAAUUAAAACUCUCAAGCACGAGGAAAUGGAGCUAGUGCUGAAGCGAAACCGUAGAGCACGGUAUGUCCAGCAGGAGUUGGUAUUUCUUGCCAACUUAAUGGCGGAUCGCAGCACGUUUGAAGUGACGCACAUUGAGGAUCCAGCGUACGAGGCAGACGAACGUCCUGAUACCAUCAUACAUACGGACGAUAAAGAAAUACCUGUGGCACCGUACAUAAGCCCGAGUGUCGAACGGCUUAUGGACCUGGAGCGACAGGAGCGUGAGCGAAGGCAGCGCGAACUAUUGGCAGAUGAUUUCAAAGAUCGUGCUCUAAUCACCAUGAUGGACGGUGUGCUAGAGCAUCGGUGGGAGGACGAGAUCAAGAAGAGUCUACCGCUCCCUCAGUGUUUGGAAAUUGGCAAAGAACCACAACACUACAACGAAACCGAUAUACGCGAGGUAAAGGAAUAUGAGGAGCAGAGUAAGCUGUUGUACCAGGAACGACUACGCUAUCGUAAGAUGCUACAGGACGAGCUGCAGGAGCUAGCAAUUAGCCUGGACGAGCAGAUUAAAAGGUUCAAUACAGCCGUAGCGAAGCUUACGAUGCAGAAAAUCAUUAUUGAAUCGGCCAUACGGCAGGAAGAGAUGCGCAUUCUACGUGCGACACUCUACAACCAUGCCCGCCUUAUCUAUGAAGCUAACGCCAAUGGGCUGCGCACCCAGAUUGAUCAGAUCUCGGAGUACACGGACCAGCUGACGGAGGUGCUGAACGAGUUCCAGGAGAAGGCAGCCGACUAUAGAAACACGUACGAUACGCUGCGGACGAAGGAUCGCUUGCUUGACAAACAGUUCAAGAUUAACUUUUCGGACACGGCCCAAUCGGCACUGGUCGAUCAAGCGUACAAGAUAUUCAAACGUCGACCAAAGACUCAGCUGCGCUCGAUCGUUACCGUGUCGGUGUUUCAGGACAUGGCCAAGCGGAUCGUGGCAAAGAAGACGCCUGGGACUCAUGGAAACCUGCUGCUGCCCAAGGAAUGUCAAGACUAUUUGGCGCACUGUGAUUCGCUGGAUCAAACGUCCAACUGUCCGGCCGGUAUGGAUAGCAGCCUUUGGCAGACGCUGAUCAAAAUGCGUCGCAUCAAGAUCGAGAGUGAGUUUAGGUUGAAAAGUUGCGAGCUUAUGCUGUCGGAUGCGGAGGCAGCCAUUGCUGCGUUCCAGCGAGAGAUCACCAGCAAGCGCAACGUGUUGACAUCGAUUGAGCAACAGCUGGAACAGCUUCAAAAUGAUCAGUUUGAAACUGCCACAAACAGAACGGUGCAGCUCGUUAUGAAGCGGGGAUGGAUCGAAAUUGAACAGUCCGGACGUACGAGCGACUUCGACCGCUGCGUCCUAAUACAUCGCACCGACGUUGAGGAUAUCAACGCAAUCAUCCGGAGGGCCGGCACGAAAAAGCUUAACGCAAUGGUAAACGCGGCCCUGUUCCGGCGUAAAAUCAUCUACCAGGAAUGGGAACAUCGGGCCCUGAAGCUGCAGUUGCGCGAUCUACGCGAUCAGCUGGCGACGGUUGAGAAGUGCAAAAUUACGAAGGAGGUACAGAGUUGGCUCAAGAUGAAGGGCAUGAAGCGGACGGAAGACUUUAGCCAGAUGGCGCUGGAGAAAAAGAUCCGAAAUGCCAUCCAGAAUGAAGAAGAGAUAUUGCAGGACCUUAAAACUUCGCUGGAAGACAUUGAGCAGCGUAUCGCGACCAAGCGCAAGGAAAAUAAGGCACUGGAUCAGCAAACACGUGCGCUUAACAUUGACGUAACGGAGCAGCACCUACAGCGGGAUGCGGAGCUGGAACAGACGGAACAGAAAGCGACCCAGGACCGGAUGUCGGCUAUCGUCGAGCGUGCACGUUUAGUUCGGCUUGUGCAGGCUCAGCACACGCACAUACUGGAGCUGGGCACGAUGCUUGAGCUGCAGCGUCUCAAGACGUAUCCGACGCUGACCGCUUCCACCAGCGUCAUGAAUCAUAAUGUUCACCAUUUGUUGGGUUGAAUUGAAGCACCAGUUCUUUGUGAGGGAGGGGAGUUCCCUGUGGCAAAUUCCGGUGGUAAUGCGUUAAGUUUUCUGUGAUACAAAGUGCAAAUCAAUCGCCUCCUGGUGGUGCACGUC